AUGCCAUCCCGUACUUAUCUCUCGACAACAGACCCUACAGCAUCCGGCUUCAAGGCAGCAAAAGAACGGAUCACGUUGCUGUUCUGCUCCAAUGCUUCAGGAGAUAAACAGCUGAAGCCUCUUCUGCUCCAUCGAGCAAUGAAACCGAGGGCUAUGAAGAAAGUGGACUUCAACAAGCUUCCAGUGCACUGGAGGAGUAAUCCAAAAGCCUGGGUAACAAAGCAGAUUUUUCAGGAUUGGUUUGAAAAUCUCUUUGUACCAGAAGUUAAGGAGUAUCUGGAGGGUAAAGGGCUCGAAUUCAAAGCGCUACUCAUUGUAGACAAUGCUCCUGGACAUUCGAUCCUCGACCAUCCCCAGGUGAAGGUAGUGUUUUUGCCGCCAAACACUACUUCAUUAAUUCAACCGUUGGAUCAAGGGAUCAUUUCAACAUUCAAAAAACCAUACGUAAAACUGUCGUUCAAAUUCAUCCUGGAUAUCCUAGACAGUGAUCCUUCGCUAACCGUUACCGAAGCAUGGAAGCGAUUUUCGAUACGCGACUGCGUGAAUCAUAUCGGUUCAGCGUUGGCAGCAAUGCAAAUGUCGACAUUGAACGCGUGCUGGAAACCAUUGUGGCCAGAAUGUGUGCAUCAUAAGAGCCAACAGAAUGUCGAUGAUCGUGAGAUCAUUCUGCUUGCUCAUGCUGUAGGUGGUGAAGGCUUCAAUGACAUGACGGUUGAGGAAGUUGGAGAAAUGAUGGAAGACGCAGUAGUGGACGAUGAAGAAUUAU